AUGGCUUUGUCGGGGCGCAAGCGAUCUAAAUGGAAAAGCCACAAAGUACCAACCUCACGACUCCGCAAGCCGCCCGAUACCCCUUCGUUGGGCACCCCUUCAUCAUGUGUGCUUUACUGGCAAAUUGCAGAGGACGUUGUGUUGAUUCAAUAUACCACCCUUGCUGCCGAGUCUGUCCACGUCCGCCUGUGGAACUGGAUGACCGGCGAUCUAUGGCUCACCGAGGACUAUUCUAUGACUUGCGGUGGUUGCGGGCUUCUGUCUGCACGAUCCUUCAUGCUCCCCUCACUCAAAGGGUGUGGUUCAAUACAAAUCUAUACCCUUGAGUUCUCCAAUGACUCUCGAACCCCACGCCCCGAGCUCAAGGCUACGCUACCCCUCCCCUCCUUGACUCCCGGCAUCUCGCUGCGCUUCUUCACCUCUCAUUCACCGCCCAUCGUUGCACGGCCCCUUCAAUCCAAAACGGCUUCCCCCACAGCGGAAAUCUCACAUCCACGUUAUGUCAGUAGCAUACAACGCGCAGUUUGGGAUUAG